UCCCCCCUUCCUGGGACUUCCCACUGUUCUUGAGCACAAAUCAGACUCAAGCAAACACAACUCUUUCCAUGGGAUCAGUUAUAAGAAGAAUGGCCAAGCAAUGAACAGCUGAGUUUCUUGGUCUUACCAGCGUAAGGCUUGCUGACAUUUCUGAAGAGAGCCCUGGCUGGCUCAUUCGUCUCUAUAUGGUCGAUCACUGUUUCUUCAGGACCAAAGGAGCAGAGUGUUCAGCGAAGAAUGCUGUCCGAAGGGUAUCUCAGUGGACUUGCUUACCAGAAGGACAUCCACUGGAGCUGUUCAUCUUAUAAUGAGCAGGUGGCUGAGGAGAGGGAAGAAGAGACCAAAUCUGCUACUCAUUCCUACUGCUCUGUGGAUGAAGCCCAAGUGCGAAGUCGGUAUGUGAGCUGCAAAUCCUCAGACAAGUUUAUUUCUUCAGUGCAUUCAAGAGAGAGCCAACACAGUAGAAAUCAGAGAGCCACAAUGCUGCAGACGAACCCCAAUCCUGUGUUUGAAAGUCCCAAUGUGGCUGCAGUUGAAAUAUGUAGAGACUCCAGCCGAGAGACCUACUUGGUUCCACCCUCCUGCCAGAGUAUUUGCAAGAAUUACAAUGACUUACAUAUUGCAGGGGACCAGGUGAUGGCUAUUAAUUCAGUGACAACAGAUUUUCCCCCUCAGAGCAGUUUUGAAUACGGCCCCUUGCUGAAGUCAUCGGAGAUUCCUUUGCCCAUGGAGGAUUCCAUUUCCCCCCAGCCCAGCUACUUUCCCCAGAAACCUAUCCAGCGGUACUCAUCCUACUGGAGAAUAACCAGCAUCAAAGAGAAAAGCAGCCUGCAAAUGCAGAAGCCCAUGUCGAAUGCAGUGCUGAAUGAGUACUUGGAGCAGAAGGUGGUCGAGUUAUAUAAGCAGUACAUCAUGGACACUGAGUUUCAUGACAGUUCUCCCACCCAGAUCCUGGCGUCUGAACUCAUCAUGACAAGCGUGGAUCAAAUCAGUCUCCAAGUGUCUAGAGAGAAGAAUCUGGAGACCUCCAAAGCCAAGGACAUAGUCAUUAACUGUCUAUUACAGCUGGUAUCAAGUGAAAUCAGCACGCCUAGUCUCCAUAUUUCUCAGUAUAGCAAUGUCAAUCCAUAGAGAGGAUGCCGUUCUCUCAAAUACUUUGAGCUAAAACAACACUUUCUUCAUUGAUUCUGAGAAUGUACAGGAGGUGGCUGUGAAGGGGAGUCCAGAAUUAGAGAAGUAAAAGUUGGAUGGAAGACAAGUGUGAAUUCAGAGGAAACCUUACCAUUACACAUGAUGAAGGCAUGUGGAAAGAGGAGCCAUAAGGACUAAUUUCAAAGCUAAGGUUGUACAGCAACAAAGCAAAAAUAAAAAUGACCCAAAAAGAAAAGGUAUGAUUUAAAGGAGUACAGAAGUUUAAAAAGAAGCCAAGCCAAAUAAGAACAUAUACAUGGGAAAACAAGAAGCCAAAUGUUUCAGGGUCAAGAAUUAAUGUUUGUUAAGUAAAUAAAUUCCUCCAAGGUGUUUCUUCUUGAGAAGAAUGGACUGUAGAAGGGUGCUGUGUUUGGGUAGAAAGACCAGUUCCCACAGUUGUGAAAUUCUAUUUCUUUUCUCUAUUCUUUAUCAUAUCAUUAAAUAUUCUUUAUAAACAUUCAUACACUAGCAAAUUGCAAUUGUGUUUUUUAAAAUGAUUACUUAGCUACAUCCACUCUAACCUCCUAGUUCUGUUUACUAGUGAAGACGAAGUUUUCUAAAUGAAAAAUAUCAUAUGGUGAAUUUUUCUUUUUUUUUUUUUAAGAUCAUAAUUUUAAGUCAUCUUUCUACCUAGUUAGGGGCUUGAACUUACAACUCUGAGAUCAACAGUCUCAUGCUCC